AUGACUUCUAAGCCGCUAACGCUGCUCAAUUUACCUAUAUCAAUUGCAAACCAAGUAUUGAUAUAAUUGGGACCAGUGGAAAUACUAACCUGCCGAAAAGUAUGUAGAAAUUUACGGAGUGCAAUUGAUAAACUCGGAACUCACUUCAACAAAAUCUCAAUUAAAUUUUUCAUAGACUCCGUUUUGUUAAAUUUCGACGGAAUUAAAAUCACCUACUUUUAUGAAUUUAUUGGUGGAUCAUAUGUUUGGAUCAAUGAGCAACAGAAAACCAUAGAAGUAGUAAACUACAUGGAAGCAGCUUUUACGGACUUGAAGAUACUUCUGAAGCAUGUAUCGCAAUUAGACAUUUACCGCCAACAAAAGUAUAGGCAUAACACUGUCAGCUCUCUUGUAGAUGUUUUGAAGGAGAAUGUGAAUAUCCACGUUGAAACUAUAACUCUGAAUGAUUUUUCAUUCGAUGAUGUUCUAUUAAUCCUCCCGUUAUUCAAUUGUGAAACAUUGAAAAAAAUCUCAUUGUCGAAAAUUUUUGAAAUUGACCAACUUGAGAAGAUUACUUAUUUGGACCAAUGGAAGAACGCGAAGAAAUUCAGUGCUUGGAAUACCUUUUUUGAAUGUUCACCUAUCGAAUUUUUCUUUCAUUUUGAGGAGUUUACUAUUAAUACUGAUGAUUUUCCAAUACAAAGUAAUAACUUUGAUAAUAAGUUUUACAAUUAAAAUAAUUUUCAGGAUCUGCUGCAAAGAUGUACGUUUAAAAAGUGCACAGUUUCGGUUGAAAAAUUUAAUGUGAAGCCUGUCGAAAUUGCAAGAACAUUCCAAUCGGAUUAUACUAGUGGUGAUGCGUUUAAACUGGAGUAUUCAAACGGAAAAUUCAAAUUUGAAAUCAACUUUGGAGAUUGUCCCGAAGAAAGGCGCGCUUGGAAGUUUGAAAUCAAAAGAUGCUAA